AUGAGGGAUUUUUACACGCCUUCUCCCGGGCUUCCUCAAGAUUUAUCAUGCCGAAAAAAAAUUAUUCAAGAAGAUUCGGAAGCCUGCCUACCUCCAAUUGCUACCUUUAGUCACCGUCGUGAAAGUGACACUGACGAAACGUUCAAACGACUAAACUCUGAAGUUAUCAAAAAUGCAGUUUAUCAUGUUUGGCCUCAGUGCCGAAGAUUCUUUUUGAAAAAGCAAAUAAGUAAUUUGGAACAUCGCUCCCAUCCGCACAAAAAUCAGUUAAGUCUGUUAUGUUCGCAAUGUGGGAGACGUUUCAGUUCGAAAGAAAACUUGAGAAGACAUAUGAAUAUGCAUUUAGGUUUGAAACCAUAUAUAUGUCAAGUAUGUCAUCGUGCUUACUCUCGAACAUCAGAGAGAUCUCGGUGCAUGAAGAAGCAUCAUCAUGAAGAAAAUAUCUUCAAAAAUAAUAAACAGUGUUCAUACAACGUUCACAAGGACUGGAGUUCUUCUGGUUUAUCUGCUCUGCAAAUAGAAGAUAAAAUUGAUCAAUGUCGUCCAAGACCAUAUGUAUGUCAAAUUUGUGAUGACCACAGAGCUUAUACAGAUCCAAGCUCACUCAGAAAACAUAUGCGUUCUUUCCAUGCAGGUCUUAAAAGUGAAAAGUCAACAAAAAAAGACAGUGAUUCCGUUCGGAAACCUUCACUGAAUCCGGCAAAUUCUAAAAUCCCGAUAUGUGAUGAACCUAUAAGUCUUGUGCUGGACAACCCAACUAUUGAUAUGGAUGCAUCGUAUGAAACUGCAUUCACUUCUGAGAUCACAACAGUCCCUACAAGUAGACAACCUUUUUCAAAGUCUCUUUCUCCGUCUUCAUACCAUAAUACUGUAGACAUGUCAAUGACUUCAGAUACAUCUACUAAAAAUAUCAUGAAUAUAACCACUGUUGUUGUAACUGGUUCAGAUGUUUCUUCAAAUAUUGUUACUGCUCCUACAUAUCAGUUAAUACUAGGUUCAUCUUUUCAUCCUACUUACGAUACUGUUACUCUAGCUAACUCUUUUGGAAGUUCAGUGAUGGCUACGACGAUAACAACAACAACAACAACAAUGGCAGUAACAACAGUAUCAAGAAGUGAAUAUGACAGUGAAGCUGCCGUAGAUUUGUGCAACUCAGCCUUAUGUUUACAAGUCUACUCAGACAAAAUAUAUCCUUCCUUACUAUCAACGGAGUUAGAAAGAAUCGAUUCUUCAUCCUUACCCUUAUCAAUAGCAAAUCCACCAAGUUUGAUAUCACAAUAUGUUACACAAACUAACAAAAGUGUUGACAAUGGAAUGACUUCUAAAAGUUUAUUUUAUUCUAAUUCCGGUCUUGAUCUAACUGAUACACAAUACUUUACACUAACAGGACCAUCGGAAGCAAUCGAUUUGUCUGCAGAACCACCUGUUGAUAUAAUUACUGUAAAUCCAAUUGAUUUAAGCGCUUCUCAUCAAUGUACAAUGUUUUUCAAUUCAACAAAUAACUGUUCAGAUAAUUCAUUCUUUACAACACAUACAAUAUGGGAUCCUGAACCAGGUUUUAGUUUUACUGACCUACUACUGACUAACAAUAAUGAUGACGAUGAUAGAGUUGAAACAUCUGUUGAAUAUCCAGAAGUCAUAGUAUACCCUGAAAGUAAUGUUUCUAUGGACUAUCGUUUCAAUGAAAUUAAUAUCAGUUGUAACACUACAACACAUAAUCAUAAAAUGAAUGUCAACCGUCAGCUUUGUGUACCGAAUUUACUUAUUCCCUCUUGUAACGACUAUUAUUUUCCUUUGUGCUCAGUCACAACGACAACAGCAUCAACAACGAGAACAGUAGGAGCACAUAUCGUACAACCACCGCCUUUAGAUUUACGAUUAAUACAAACUAAUUUUUAUUCAUAA